GUCCCUUAAUAAAUCCUUUUCCUACUUCCAACAACUAUUUUUUCUUUUCCUUUUUCUAUGGCGAAUCCGUUGACCAAGUUCGUGUUACUACGAAAGAUAGGGUCUUUCAAUCUUUAUACAUAGGCUUCCAAAGAUUCAUAGUGCCUCACAGUUUCCAAUUCUAUUAGGGUGUCAAAAGCUUCCCUUCUCAAAAGAUGGCAAUGAUCUUAGAUGCUUUCGUGCAAAGAUACAUGACCCAACUUGCAGAUUUUGUGGAGGGUGAGGUGUCAAUCAUGCUCAAAGUGAAGGAUGAUCUCCAAAAGCUUCAAAGAAGACUGGAAAGGAUUAGAGGUUUUCUUGAAAAUGCAGAGCGGAAGAGGCAUGAAGACUCAAACAUCAGUAAUUGGGUGAGGGAGUUGAAAGACAUCAUGUAUGAUGCGGAUGAUAUCAUCGACCUUUGUAUCAUCGAAGGCAGCAAAUUACCGGAAAGCCAUCAAUCCGUUUCUGUGGUAUGCCAUCCCUUCCCUUUGUUUUCUUGCUUUAGUUGUAUCAAGUUCCGCCAUGAAAUUGGUAACAGAAUUAGAGAUCUUAAUAAUAGGCUGAAAGAGAUUGUAGAGGAUAGAUCAGCACUGCCUAAACUAGAAUACACUAGCCACGAUGUCCAAGUGAGCAGAGUGAAUCCUCGUCAGACUUUUCCCAUUGAGGUUAAUUCUGAUAUCGUAGGAACACAAAUUGAAGAUGCUACGCAGGGUCUUGUGGAUUCAUUAGUCAAAGAAGAUAAACAGAAAUGCUGGAUUUUGGGGAUUGUUGGGAUGGGUGGAAUCGGCAAAACUACUCUUGCUUCUAAGAUAUACAACGAUGAAAGAAUAAAAGAAAACUUUCCUGUACGAGUAUGGGUGUGUGUGUCCAAGGAUUUUUCAGAGACAGAGUUGCUGCAAGAGAUUAUUAGGAGUGCGGGUGGAAAUUAUAUGCAGGCUAAAACAAAAGCGGAACUCAUCCCCCAUCUUUCCUCUGUCCUUUCAAAGAGAUUCAUUAUUGUGUUAGAUGAUAUAUGGGAAGCAAAAGUAUGGGAGGAUCUGCUCAGAUAUCCUUUAGAAAGUGCAAUGACUAGUGGUAGGAUUGUAAUCACCACUCGAGACAUAAAUGUGGCUGCGAAUAUGAGAGCGCUUGUAUACAAUGUUGACAAAAUGGAUAGUGAUGAUGGCUGGGCAUUGCUAUGCAAGAAAGUCUUUGGAGAUGAUGAAAAGGAAGAGAUGUUUAAUUUAAAAGAAAUUGGUGUUAAAAUUGUUGAAAAAUGUGAUGGCCUUCCUCUUGCAAUCAAGACCAUUGCAGGCGUUUUAAGGUUGAAGAAGAGAAGCAGCAUAGAGUGGAAUAAGGUUCUCAUAAGUGAUGCAUGGUCUAUGAGCCAACUUCAGACAGAACUCCCGGGAGCGUUAUUUUUAAGCUAUGAAGAUUUAUCAUCUGAUCUUAAACAAUGUUUCCUUUAUUGCUCCUUAUAUCCUGAGAACUCUUCGAUGCAUCGUGAUGAUCUUGUUCGGUACUGGUUGGCCGAAGGUUUUGUAAAAUCGCUAGGAGAUGUAUUGCUUGAAGAUUUAGCUGAAGAUUAUUUUAAAGAGUUGAUUUGCAGGAAUCUUUUACGACCUGAUUCUGAUUAUGUAGAUGAGAGUUGGUGCAGAAUGCACCAACUGCUCCGUUCUCUUGCUCUGUUUUUGAUAGGAGAUGAGAGCGCUUUUGUCGGUCAUGAAAAAAUAUGCAACACGAACCCUUUGAUCAAGCUUCGUCGCUUGUCAAUUUCAAGUGUGGGAGAGAAGCUAGAAAUCCCUGAUGCAGUGAAAAAGCAGAGAUGCUUGAGGACUCUAAUUGUCUGGAAUAGUCCAAAGACAAAGAUAGUUGAGCAUGAACUUGAAAGACUCGGGCAGCUUCGAGUCUUGGACUUGCAGGACACAGAACUGGAGAGCCUUCCAGACUCCAUGGGAAACCUGUUACAUCUAAGGUUCCUGGAUCUUGAUCGAACGAAUGUCAAAAAUUUACCAGAGUCUAUCGGACGCCUUCAAAAUCUGCAGACGUUGAACCUCUCGGGCUGUAAAUCCUUGCACACGCUUCCCAAGGCCAUCACAAGUUUGUGCAAUCUAAGAUGCCUUUGUCUCGAGCAAACUCCAUUGAGUCAUCUCCCAAAAGGAGUAGGCAAGCUGAGAAAUCUCGUCUAUCUUGAAGGAUUUGUGGUCGGUGAUGAUGGUGGUGAGGAGGACCAGGGAUGCGAUUUGGAGGAGCUGCAAUCUCUGUCCCAGCUGAGAGUGCUGCAGAUAGAAAGGUUGGAGAGGUCACGAGAAGGAGCUUCGGCACUUGCAAACAGCUGCUUUCUUAAAAGAUUGUUUUUGUGUUGGCUACCACCCGAAGCUGAGAACAAUCAGCCACGAUGUGGGGAGGACGCAAUCCAAAAAGUGAACAAGAUAUGCAACGACCUCUCUCCUCCAUCCAACCUAGAAGACCUUGGCUUCUCCAACUUCUUUGGCAGUGGGUUUCCUGGCUGGUUGAUGUCAUCCUCAUUGGGUGCCUCGUUUCCUCACCUGGCAUUCUUGAAACUUGAAAAUUGUAGAUCCUGUCCGCAACUUCCUCCACUAGGCCUACUGCCCCAGCUAAAAUACCUUCGGAUUGCAGGAGCAGACGCAAUCUCAAGGAUCGGACCAGAGCUUCUUGGUCGGCGUGCCUCAGUAGUAAGGACUGCAUUUCCAAGGCUUGAAUACCUGCUACUCCAACACAUGCGCAACUGGAAAGAAUGGUCAUUAGGCAUGGGGGAAGAGGUUGGUGAUGAUGAAAUCAGAGGAGCCUCUAAGCUGCUGCCGCGUCUCAAGCACCUGGUGCUAGAGAACUGUCCCGAGCUAAUAGCUCUUCCGGAAGGUCUGGGACAUGCCACCAACUUGCAGGAAUUGUAUAUUGUGGGCGCGCACAACCUGAGAGAAAUCAAAAACCUCCCCUCCUUAACUGACACGCUCUACAUUAAGGAAAACCCGAGGUUGGAAAGAGUAUCCAACCUUCCCAUGCUGAAAUUUUUGAGUAUACAGAAUUGCUCAAUGUUAGAGCAAGUGGAGAAUCUUGAUAAGUUGCAAUACCUGGUCUUCAAACAUCCUUCUGCAGUACAGAGGACCUCAGAGAUACCUAUCGGUCCCUCACCGGAGUGCCUCCAAGAUGUUUCCAAUAAUUUUGAUCAACAAAUGGAGCACCUCCCACGGUGGUUAUUGGAACUACUCGGGCAGCAUCAAAAUGCUCCGACUGCGGUGCAGAAUCUCAGAAAAUUUGAACUGACAUGCAGCUCACCACUGUUUAAGAGCUUCCUAAAGGGUAUACCAAAUUUCAUUCAGUGGAUCCCUGAGGUCUGGAUCGAAGACAGAGAUAGUUCCUCAUGGAUGCGGUAUGCCAAAGGACCCCCUCCCACCUUUCAAACCAACGAGCAAACGGAAAGCUAACAAAUCAGGCGUGUGCAAGUGCCCUCUGUUCAGCAAGUUUCGUGUGAAUUUAGCAGUUUGCAAGAGAUAGAUGUGCUCAGCCUCAGCGUCUUUUACCUCUUUUUUUUUUCCUUAUUUAAACUUUGUAUUGGACUUGGAUAUUUAUUCUGUAAUUUCUAUGUUGAUGGUAUUGUAUCAUUAUGCUGAAUGUAUUGAUCAAUCUUAGAGAUAAACUUCUAUUGCUUGAUCUCGAUUCUUCUUUUAUGUUAUUUUUGUGAUUAAAGA